UAACUGCUAAACCAAACUGACUCUUCAGUUCUCAUCUCUUCUAAAACCCAAAAGUAGACAACAACAAAAAAAAGAACUCCUCCAAGAACCAAAUAAGCUUAAUUCUCAGUACAAUUCCAUGGCUUUUAUUCUUGAAAACAGACCAAAAAUGACUUUGGUUAUCUUGAUUUUAGCUUCUUUUAUGCAACUCUCCUUUGGAGCUAUGUAUAAGGUUGGAGACUCAGCUGGUUGGACAACAAUUGGUAAUGUUGAUUACAAACAAUGGGCUGCUAACAAAACCUUUCAAGUUGGUGAUGUAAUUGUAUUCAAGUACAGUCCACAAUUCCACAAUGUGAUGCAAGUGACACAUGUUGAGUACCAGUCCUGCAAUGCAUCUGCUCCUAUUGCAACACACACAACUGGGAAUGACUCCAUCACUAUAGCAACUCAUGGCCACCAUUUUUUCCUCUGUGGUGUACCUGGCCAUUGCCAAUCUGGCCAGAAAGUCGACAUCAACGUUCUUCGUGUCUCAUCAUCCGCGUCUCCAUCUCAAUCUCCUUCGUCGUCGAGUCCCAUCCCUGCUGCAGCAGUGCCUGCACCUUCUCCUAGUCAUGCCCCUUAUUGGCUUCCUAGCAAAAUUUGUAUUGUCAUAGCUGUUUCUUUAGUCGUUCUUUUUAAUUUUGCUUGAGAAGAGGAAAAACAGCUGGAUUUUGCAAGGUUUAGUUUUUCUACUUUGUUAUGUUAUAUGUCAAUGAACCAAAGUUGAUGUGGCUGAGAACACCAAUAUCUCUUGUUUUUACAGAAAUGUAAUAAUUGCAUCACGCUUUUAUCAGUUUUGUUAUGCGGCAAUAUGAGAAUUUGUAUUUCAUAUCAUAUAUUUUGGGUAAA